GUUACUGGUCUGUUAUUUAAUACUCAAAGGCAGAGGGAGAGUGAGAGGACAGACAGACAGACAGGCAGGCAGAUUGGAUAUGAAUAAUGUACUAUGUAUGCCUGUUCAUUUCAAUAGAAAGGAAAUGCCCCAAAUCAUGCACGAGGGCACGCAGUCAAGCUCAAUAGCGUAUAACUCAGUAUGUCUGAAACUUUGACAGGCCAGCGCUCGGAACUAUUACUUGUGUUACUUCAUAGUAGUGUGUGUGACUUUUAAAGGAUUUGUUCCACCCUCUUCCGUACCUGCUGUUGGACUAUGCUACGAAGGUUUUCCCAAUGAGGGAGUCGUGGAGUCGCUUCAAUGAAACAAAGGAGAAUAUAAAUUGUUCAUUUCCCAAAGUGAGCGGUGUGGGCAACGAGCAGAAGAAGUUGUCUCCCCAGGGAAAGAUGGCAACAGUGUUGCAAGUACAGGAGGAAAACUGUGUUCCUUAUGAUAGCGGCGAUGAAUGGGAAAUUGGACUCGGAGAUCUUAUAAUCGAUCUGGACGCUGAUCUAGAAAAAGAAAAGCAACAUACCAUUGUCGACAGGAUGGGUACUCCCGAAUCCAGUCCUCUCAAAGUUGGGAAAAUGAAAAUUAAACGUAAAACUAGUAGUGUGAAAAGUGAUUCUGUGAAGUAUGAAAUAACGCAGAAAAAAGAGGAAAUAGUGACCCCAGCGCCAGCAUUGGAGCAGGAUCUACCGCAGGCUCUACCUCAGGCUGGUCACGAACAUAUCAAUGGAGUAUCGGCAGAUAAAAGUGCAAAGCAUGCACCGGAGGAUAAAGGUGGCAAAUCGGGAAGAAGUGGCGGACACAAAAGAGACAGUAAUCGCCAUGAAAAAAACAGUGGAAAUAGUAGUAACAGGGGUAGUGAUAGUGGACAAAGCAGUGGAUCCAGCUCUGGAGGUGACAGUCACCAUGGCAAUGAUGGAAGUGGUGGUUCAGGCCGAGAUAUGAAUGAUAACAAUCGUGAUCGUGAUAAGGACAAUAGAGAUCGUGAUAACCAUGAUGACGAUGAUGACGAUAAUGAAGAGGAUGAUGCUAACAAAAACGAGGGAAACAAAAACAGUAAACAGAAGGGGAAAAAAUCUAAAACUGAAAAGGUGAAUAUUGCAGUGGGAACCAGCGACAUGGGAACCAUCACGGAGCCAGAGUGUCUGGCACCUUGCGAACCGGGUACUAGUGUCAAUCUUGAAGGAAUUGUUUGGCAUGAAACGGAGCGAGGUAAGCGAGGAGUGCUUGUUGUGAACGUAACAUGGCGUAACAAAACCUACGUGGGAACGUUGCUCGAUUGCAGUAGACACGACUGGGCACCACCAAGGUUCUGUGAUUCUCCCACUAGUGAUAUAGAAACCAGAACUCCAAAAGGUGGUGGUCGGGGAAAACGAGGACGUUCUUCAUCGAAUACUCCUGGUACGAGUGAUUUAAGCAACUAUACUGAGACUCGAUCGUCAAUACACAGCAAAUUACGCAACUCAAAUGGAAAGGGGAGAAGAGGGUGUGCCUCUGGUUCUAGAACACCAACAAAUGGAAUGGAAAGACCAGGAAAACGGAAAAGCAAGCCUUUGGAUUUAGAUUUGAAUUCUAGUUAUGAUGACAUAAGAUCUGUUACUAAACGCAUGCGAUCUAACUCUCGUGGCACGCCCACGACACCUCAAACACCGAGUGAGGCAGUGAAUAAUGAAAUGCCUCCUUCGCCUCAGCUUAUCGAGUGCCCAGAACCAAACUGUGGAAAGAAAUAUAAACAUAUAAAUGGACUUCGUUAUCAUCAGACUCAUGCACAUCUUAAUUCUGUGACUGUUAAAAGUGAAGUUUGUGGAGAUGAACUUGACACUGAGUCAAAAUCUUCCUCAUCCGAGGAAAGCACUGCCAUGGUGUUGGUCAACGUUAAGCAUAAAAUCACAUCACAGAGUGAAUACGAUUUCUCUGAUUCUAAUUCAAAAAAUACCACAGUUAAGGGACACUCGUCAAAAGGUGCUGAAAAUAAACAACAGAAUGCUGCAACUGUUGUUAUUAAACAAGAGAAAGACAGUGACAAAGAGGACAGUCCUGUCAAAUCGACAGAGAAACAAACUGAGAAGGGAUCAUGUGCAAAAAAUCUCAAGUCCAAAUUAGAUAAAGUUCCUGUGAAAUUACAUAAGCACAGUGAGAAACUGAAGUCAAAGGAACCAUUACUGCAGUUGCAAAGUUCGCACAAAACAAAAAUAAAGAAACAUGUCAGUACUUCAGGGGAAGACAACACAUUGCAAUUUCAGGCUAUGGUAGAGAAUGCACUGUCAUCACCGAGUGUUGCAAGCGCAGUUCAGGAAUCAAAUAUUCGGAAAGACGUUGUGACCGUGUCUGGCACUGUCACUCCAGCUGCGGCCGUUCCUACAAGUCAUGCUGCCACCAUCACUAGUGUCAUUCAAACUAUAAAGACUGAACCGGGGUUGAAAGAUCCUGAGCCUUGUAGCGUACAGCUACCUGCGAAUAUUGCCGUGGACAAAAUGUCUCGUGCUCCUCGGGAGGAGACUAGGAUAGGUGAAGUUAGUGAGUCUGAGGGACAGAAGAAAAGAGAAAAAGAAAAACACAAAUCGAGUGAAAAAGAAAAACAAAAGAAAAGCAACAAAGUUGAAAAGACUAUACCAAAACUGAAAAGUGCUCGGCCGAUUGCUCCUGCCCCUCCUGUUCCCCAGCUCAUUGCCAUCCCAACCGGAUUUGCCACGUCAAGUACGACGGGAGGAACUGUUACCAUCACACCAGUUACUACAAACCAGCAUGCUACCCCUAUAAGUCCUCCGUUAAUCCCUAUCCAACCCAAACCUACUGUCAUGGGGGAACCCAUGGUCAAUCCUUCCAUGUCAUCAUUAAAAGAAAAGAAGCGUAAGAAAAAAUCUAAAGACAGGGAAGAUAAACUUGACCGUUCUGGCCAUUCUAAGGAGAAGGAUAAAGAGACUAAGGAAAAACGUUCAAAACAAGAGACCGAAAAAAACAAAUCGCAGGUAACUAAUAUAUUGGAACGAGCUUUGACAGAGUCUGGAAUCAUGAGUCUGGGUCAUGAUGAGAAAGGUCCAUCCCCUGUGCAAACUAGUGAGUCGAUACCAUCGUCAUCAUCAUACACAGCACAUCCGGUUGUUAACGAACCUCCAAAAGCUGUUGUUGCACCAACUAGGCCAGAGAUUCCUAAACUCAUUCCGAGUGAUAGCGUUCCUAAGUCUGCUGCCACCCAUGUUAUAACUAGCACCCCAAAGUCAUUAGAAAUUGAGGGAGUACGUAGACAUGAUCGCUUGGGACCAACAUCGCUCAGUGCAAAUACAGCUGCUGUAGCGCCUAACUCUCAUACUCCAACCGAGCCACUUCACGUCAUCACGUCCACUGCCGCUGCUGGAAGCAAUCAGGAUGCCCAAAGUCCGGCUUAUUCUGAUAUUUCCGAUGCGAACGAUGACACAACGGUGGAGAACCCAAAACAGUGUGAUGAUCCGUAUCAAUUUAAUGAUGAUACACAGCCACCUGCAGUCAAAACGCACCAUAGCGUGCAUAACGAAAUGAGGAAAGAACGAGAUGACGUUUCUGUUAAUGUGUAUGCUCCAUACAGUAGCAAUUUAACUGCCAAAAUGCACUCCCCUGUGUCAGAGAGUAAGAAACGGACUUCAGACGAUAGUUUGAAAUAUCUGCGGAAGGAAAAUGAAAAACAUCAUAGAAAAGAUUCAGUUGAUGAUGCAAAUGAAAAUAAAAAAGCACGAAAAGAUGAAGGACAGUCAUCUUCAUCAGCUGCUGGCUCGUUUCCAGAGCAACCAACUCAUUCUCCAAAAAUGAUUCCACCUCAGAUUUAUACUCAGUAUCCCUAUAUGCCCGGUUACAUGGGCUAUGCUAAUAGUAUUGACAACAGAACUUAUCAUAUGCAUCUUAUGGCGACUGAUCCUCAUUACAGGCAGCAACAUGAAAAGUUUUUAGAAGAACAGGGAAGACAUAGGAUGGAACAAGAGCGUAUGGGGGUGGAAAAACGAGAAAAAACACAGGAAAAGACUGUUAAAGUGACAGAGAAAGAGAUUAAAAUAAAAACAGAACAUGUAACAGUGUUAAAAAAUGAGGAACGUAAAGCUGGUGAAAGCGAAAACUGGCCAUGCGUUGAGGACAGAAUGAAGGACAAAAUGAAAGAGAAGCAGCGUGAGAAUCACCAGAUAAUGGCUGAAAGUAUAGAAUUGAAAUCACAAGUCACGCAACCAGUGACCCGGGAACAAAUAUAUGACCCAAGGGUGUUGUACGAUCAGCGACAUCAAGAGGACAUCCGACAACAGCAGCAGCAUCACUAUAUGUAUCAACAAAAAGUUCUUGCCCAUCAGAGAUUUGAGGAGGAACAGAGGAGGCAUCAAGAAAAGAAGGAAAAAAGAGAGCGAGAGUCAAUGGAAAUGAAAGAGAUUGAUAAUACAAAUGAGGGCCACAAGAGGGAAAGAUCUGCGAAGGAGUUGCAUGGGAAACCAGAGAAAGAAGCUGGGAAUAUGACAAAACAAAUAGAAGAAAAAAAAGAUGAGAGGCCACGUAGUCGUGUUGAAGAAAAAAUGCAUCCCAGUUUAGAUCCAAAAGGUCAUCAUGAAUCUCCUAAGUUUGCUGAAGGCUAUCCUCCUUAUAUGCAGCAUCCAUAUGUACAGUCACCACAUUUUGGACCCGUACCAUUUGAUCCAAAUCAUCCAGCAUAUAGGCCGGUGAAUCCCAUGAUGGGAAUUUCCCAUGCUGGGUUUCAUGGUUCACCAUAUUUGCCACCUGAGUUCAGAUAUCCGGGACCACCAAACAUGGGCAAUCCGCAGUGGAAGGUGCACAUGCCGGAUGAGAAAAAUCCGGAGCAAGAAAGAGAAAGAGACUCUGUUGUAUCCAAAUCACCGCAUACGGGGGUAUCUCAGCAUUCUUCUCCUGAACGACCAACCAAGGCACUGGAGCUGCUGCAGCAACAUGCCUCUCAGUACUACAGUUCACACAAAGGGGAACCAAGACAGCCAUCAGAGGAACGUAAUAAAACAGUCUCUCCAGCAAGACCAACAUCACGGUCACCGGCUGGACAUAAAACACAUGGCGCCGAAAAUGCACCGGAGAAAGAAGAGAAUGCUGCCAGAUUUGAACCUGGAAUUCAUCAUGAAUUGUCUGGUCCUAUGCUGCGACACCUACAUACUCAUCAUCAUACCCAUGUUGGUGUUGGAUAUCCACUAAUGGCUCCACCUUAUGACCCAUAUGCUGCUGUUAUGGCCAACCAACAAGCUGGAAUGCCGCCCUCUAUACAUUCUGGAGAAAAUGAACAAAGGUUUAAGCAGUGUAAGGACAAUUUUAUGUGUCAUAGUUAACUUGUGGAUCUUUUGCGACUUGCAUCACAUCAUAUAACAAUUUGGUGCUGGAACUUCUGUCGUCACCCUGGUGAUCUAUUUUGUGUGGACUUAUACAUGAGUAAUCAGUGCGUGUAUCUAAUUGACAAGAGGAAUAUCUGCCAUAGCAUGUGUGUGCAUAUCUCCAGGACUAUUUACGCUACUGCUAGCCAUACAACAAAUUGGAAUUAAACAGCUGUAGUAUGACAUGUGUUCAUCAAAAAGGAAACUACAUUUUGUGAAUGUGAAUCUUCGUAAUAAAUAUCUUUUCGAUUAUCAUCGCCAGCGUUCUCUGACUCGGAUACAUUUGCUGUGGAUACCACAUCAGGAAUCACAACCUCUGCAUAAUUGUAUUGAAUAUUCAAAAUGACUUCCUCCAAUCCUAAGUACAGAUUAUAAACUAGGAAGUAGUAUUAUACAACAUCAAGUUUCAUCUCCUACCCUUUUCGCAUGUGAUUGUAAAUUGCACGAGUCGAUACAUUUAUCAAAUCAACAUUGAUUGGUACAUUUGUUGUCGCAUUGUCAAAUUCUACAUGUUUGUGUGACAUUUGUUUUAUCGCUACUUGGUGCUAGAUCAUUACACAACAAUGUUUGUUUAUUUUGUAUAACCAUUAGAAGUUAGGUGCGUGUUCGCUAACAAAAAUGGAUGAAACAACAAACUGCAGCCGACCCUUGCUGGUUGUUUUAGUCUGUUUACAAGUUGUUCAUGCAAUAUUUCUUGACAUAAACUUUUGCAUGAAACAAUUUCACAUUGGGUUACUGUCCCCAAUUUUCACAUAGUGUAGUGGAAAAUACAGCACAAAUUUCAAUGUUCCAGUUUGGAUUGGAGAAAAGAGGUACUUUGUAUCAAUAUUUACGAUUUGACAAAUGUUUAACUGAAAUACAAAUUUGAAAUAAAUGUCUUCACUUCAAUUGUUGUUAAGCUUUUCUUAGGUUGAUUAGCAACGCCUCACUGGUGAAAACACCAAAUAAAAGGCCUUUCGUCAUUGCCUGAUACAGACAUUCUGACAGAUCAAGUUAAGAUAAAGAAAUUGUCAUUUCUACAAUGUAUUAGUAUUAAAAACUUAUUAAAAGUAUUAUCAAUUUUUAGUGGAUUACUGCAGUUGGUCAUUUUAAUUUUGGUAUCCAGGAUAUUGACCUAUGAUGAAUUUUUUACUGAUUAAAGCCAUGUGAUUGGCUGGAUUCCAGGAGUGGGUCAAAGUUCAUCAUGGCGGAUUCACCUGGCACGAUGACACUAGGAUAAUUGUCAGUAUUCAGUUGGUGUGGAUUUGUGUUUAAACAUGUUAUUUGCUGUCUUAGGGUGCAAUCAAUGAAAUUACAGGACAACAAAUUUCAUUUUUUAAGACUUGUGCAGCCUUGAUUUAAAACUUAAAUUUUGGUGCUGUUGUCUUUGUUCACUCCUUUGUUCAGUCCUUUGAAUAAUAAUUUGCCUUAACUAGAUGGGAGCUACCAUUAAUUUCAGGGGUGUAACCACUCAUCUAUACUUGUGGUUUGUUUGCUUGUUUUUUUGUAAAUAGAAAGAGUACUUGUUUCCUCAAGUUAACCUAACUUUUAUAGCUGUGCCUUUUUGGAUUUAAUUGCAAAGUUAGGUAGGAUAGUUACAAAGUUAGGCAUUUUUAUCACCCCCAUGUAAUUUUAAAAUAAGUGUAAAAAUGAUUGUCCUUUUCAAGUUUCUUGUUACAUUUUCCUAUCCAUGAUGUUUUACCAAUAAAAAACAGAGUUGAAUUUGUUUUAUAAUGAAAA